CGGAGGGGAGGGGGGGAGGUCGGGAUCAAAGGCCCCUAUUGUACUGUAGGGACCGAGUGAUGGGGGCGCGGCCCCUUUAAGGACCAGGCGCCCCCUGGCAGCCGGAGCGCGGCGGCCCUUGGGGGGCAGAUGCCGGCACAGCCCAGCCCUGGGUGGCUCCGGUGCCGGCCCCCCCCGCCCCGCGCGGAGGCUGCGCUGCAACCUGUGGCUGGCCGGGCCCCCGCAGGGAGGGGGCCGCAGCUGGGAUCGGGCGCGGAUCGGACCCCCCGGCCUUGGGGGGCUCGGUGGCAGAUCAGACUCCUUGCUGCCCUCCCUCGGCCUGCCUCUUGGGCUGAUGCCCAUGGCUGUCAAUGCUGUGUGGAUUUCUGCGUGUGUGUGUCCCCCCCCGCCCCCUCCUCCCCCACACACACACACCUGGCAAGCUGGGUCUCUGUCUUGCUAACAGCGUAACCCACCGCACAGGGAGGAGUUUAACUGGCCGUCUCUGAGUGCUUCGGACGUGCCAUACGGCUGAGUGGCCAAGGAAGCCUGGGCGGGUGCCUUUCCUGGCUCCCGUCUAUUCAGAUUUGCCACCUUAAGUGUCACGUUGACACAGAUUUUUUUUUUUUUUUUUUGGCAUUAUGUUUUCUUUCUUGUAAGCCCAUCCGUGCCCUCAAAUUCUUGCUUUGAAGUCACCUUCCUUUGACUGGUCCAAGCUCCUGUGAGGGCUUCUGGCUGCUACCCCUUGAUCUGCCUGAGUUUAUGAGUGGAGACGGCUACUCAAUAGAGUUUUGUCCCCCCGGCUCCUGCAGUGCCCCCAACCUGUGGAGCGUCAAAUGCAGAUUUCUUUUCCCCAGUCCCACCCCUCCCUAGCAGGGGCAGGAUAGUGAAUGUGUAAUGAAAGGAGUUUAGGUUUUGCCUGAUGAGCUUGUGGAACUCAUUGCCACAUGAUCCCGUUGAAGGCAAGUGUUUGGAUGGCUCCAGACAAGGACUGGGCGUCUGUGUGGAUAAAGGCACCGCCUACAGAUAGAUGUGGUGGCUCCGAGCCGGUGAAGAUCUCGGCGUCCGGCACCAGAGCGCCAUGAGCUAGGGGGGCACCGCCUGUGCCAUGAGCCCGGGAUGGAUCAGAACACCUUCUCGCACAUCCAGCUGUGGUGCCCACGGCCCUUCGGCACCUACUCCCAGAACAAGCCGUGCGGCGGCAGCCUGGUGAAGAAGCCCUUUGGGGACUUCGCCUGCAAAGCCAAGGAGGGGGAGGAGAGCGGGGAGGCCUGCUCCGAGAACACCCCGCCCGCCCCGGCCCCGCCGCCUCCCCUGGUCUCCCCCAGCCCCAGCCAGGGGGAGGAGGGCCGGGUGCUGCUGGACACCUGGUACGUCAUCAAGCCAGGCAACACCAAGGAGAAGAUCGCCUUCUUCGUGGCCCACCAGUGCAGCAGCGGCAGCCGCGCCAGCACCAUGAAGGUCAAGGGCAAAUGGGGGAGCGACAGCUCCAAGGCCAAGCGCCGGCGGCGCUCGCACGACCCCAGCAAGGGCAAGCCAUGCCCGGGGAAGGAUAAGGAGGGCAGCAAGGAGGCGGAGGACGUGUACCUGUGCCCGGAGGCCCACGCUGAGCCGGGCGGCGACACGGACCUGCUCUCCGUGGCCGAGAUGGUGGCCCUGGUGGAGCAGCGCACGGCGCUGGCUCUGCAGAGCUACUCGCGGCCUUGCCCCGGGGGGGCGCCGGCAGCCCCGCCCUCCCCCGUGGUGUUCCUCUCGGCGGAUCAGGAGCCGGCGGACGGGGAGAAGACCGUGGUGGGCGGAGGGGGGGGCCAGGACUGCAGCCGGGUGGCCGAGGCGGUGGCCCAUUUCGAGUCGCAGCAGGAGGAGCGGAGCGUCCUGCGGCAGAACGGACUGUGCUCCGAGACGGCCGAGUGCGUGGCCAACUCCCAGCAUAGCCCCGGCGAGGUGCGCAUCGCCUUCCGCAUCUCCAGCAGCCGGGACCCCCGCUCGCCCCCCGAGGUGGGCUCCGGCACCCGCCCCAACUGCAUGUUUAUGAGCUGCGGCACCGGGGGCCCCGCCACCGGCUCCGGCGCCCAUGCCAAGGACAAGAUCACCUGCGACCUCUACCAGCUGAUCAGCCCCUCUCGCGACUCCCUGCCCAACAACGUGGACUUCCUGCUGUCCAGUGCCGCGCCCAAGGGCGAUGGGGCCAGCGAGCCGCCCGACUUGGAGAUGAGCUGCGGUGAGAGCCAGGCCUUGCCGGGCAAGCUGGACGCCGGCCCCGAAGGCAGGGCCGGGGAGAAGCUGGGGGGGCCAGCGGCAACGCCCCGGGACUGCGUGGCCGGCUUCCAUGUGGACGUGGUGGUGACGGGCGUGGUGGAUCAGUGCGUCUUCUUCGGCAAGGACAGCACCAAGAACAUGAAGGAGGAGACGGUGUGUCUGACGGUGGGGACCCCCACCCCGGAUGGGCUGUGCUCCGCCUGCGAGGAUCCGCCUCCCGGCCAGCUCUUCUUCCUUCACGCCCAGGCCCCCCGGCCCGAGGACACCCGGGAGGCUGCCGGCUCCCUCCUGGACAGCAAGAAGAACAACGGCGAGGGGGGCGUGGAGUGGCCGGAUGGGCCCGGGCUGGAGCCGGCGGCCUCGGACACCUCGCUGUGCCGUCUCUACCGGCACGUCUCCCACGACUUCCUGGAGAUCCGCUUCAAGAUCCAGCGCUUGCUGGAGCCCCGCCAGUACAUGCUCCUGCUCCCCGAGCACAUCAUGGUGAAGAUCUUCAGUUACCUCCCCACCCAGUCGCUGGCCGCCUUGAAAUGCACCUGCCACUACUUCAAAUCCAUCAUCGAGACGUUCGGCGUGCAGGCCACAGACUCCCGCUGGAACAGGGACCCGCUGUACCGGGACGACCCCUGCAAGCAGUGCAAGAAGCACUACGAGAAGGGGGACGUGUCUCUGUGCCGCUGGCACCCCAAGCCCUACCACCACGACUUGCCUUACGGACGCUCCUACUGGAUGUGCUGUCGGCGCACGGACAAGGACACGCCGGGCUGCCGGGUGGGGCUACACGAUAACAACUGGGUGCUGCCCUGCGACAUGCUGAGGGACCGAGCGGCCAGGCGGGAGGACGGGAGGUGAGGUGGGGCGGACGGGCGCUGGGGCGGGAGCCCACGAGGUCUCGUGCGUGCGUGUGUGUGUGUGUGUGCGCGCCUGCCUGUGUGUGUGUGGGGUUUGAUUUGUUUGCCUGGCUGUCUGGUGCUGAUCUUGGCUGCAGCCCAUCCCAAAAGAAAUUGACUCACCCACCUGCAAAACUAUACUGGGCCGGGGCCAGAUCGCCUCUUCCCCCAGCCACUACAGCAUCCAGCCCCGCCCGCCUGCCUGGGCAGGGGGUCCUUGCUGUGCCCCGGCUUUGCAGCUUGUUGGUGGCUUCGGGGGGAGCGGUUGUGAAUUCUCCUGCUAGCCUCGUGUCCAGCCCUUCUCAUCUGCUGUCCCUACCUGCUUGGUGAGCACUGGUAGGUUAUCAUCGGUGGAUUCACCCCCAAUCUCCUUCCCCCCUUGCCGGAGCAGAGCUCCCCUCAGCCCAUCUGUCCUGCUGCCAGCGGGCACGUGGCAGCCCCCGCCGACCGGAAGGAGCGUGUGAUCGGAGCCAGGCUCUGCUGUCUGAAGCUGUGAAACCCCCACCGCUGCUAGGGCCCACUCCUCCCAUGCCCUCGUUCGGGGGGGCACCGCACCCGUUCUGAUCACUGAUUAGCCUCUCCAAGAGAGGGCUCCUGGCCCUGCGGGCUGGCAUGGCGAGCGUCACGCCAGCUGGGGGUCCCGUUUCCAGUCCAAGCUGCUCACACGAACACAUAUCGGGGGACAAGAAAUCAGCCUCUGGAGAGAGAGGCAGGCCCACUGCUGCUUGGUAGAACCCGUCACGAGACCAGCCAACCCUGCCCCUGCUCAGAGCCAGCGAGUGGGUCACAGCAGCAAGGGAGCUGGAGGGGAUGCCACCCCCCCCAAGAGAGAGCCCCCUUUGUCCCCAUCCUUGCCUACGUGCGGCAGCCUCUCUGAAGCCGAGUGGCAGCUUGUCGUAGCCGUGGGUUUCUUAGCAUGGUGGCCACCAGUUGACUUUGCCAAGCUGCUCAGACACCUGGGUUCUCAGCAAGAGGGGGUGGUAGCUGCUGGCCUCCCUCUGGCCAUCGGCUGGUUCCUCCCCUUUUCUUCUAGCCACGUUGCUUGGGGGAAGGGGGAUUGUCCGUGGGGUUGGCCCCAGCCUGGCUCCGGUCGCUAUCGGCCAGUGUCACUGGCUCUUUGGGGUCUCGUCCUGUAGUUCUAACCCCCCUAUGGACUGGUGGGCAAAGGAACCCGGCUCUCCACUCCCCACAGGCCAGAGCGGCCCAGUUCCAGGGGAGGGUGGGCAUUUCUGUAACCGCCGGGCCAGCCCCACAGCUGGAAUGAGUUGGGCUGAUGGCUUCAGUGGUCCAAAUGACAUGCCAGCUGGGGGUCUGGCCCUCAGCCUCCCCACCCAUGCCUGGAACCGGGGCUAAUGGCCGGAGCAGCCUUUCACCCUGCCUCUUUGCCCCCUGGGGUCCUGAUUCCUUCCCCCUACACACGGCCUUAUCCCCUCAUUGUUCCAACCUCAUCCAGCCGGGUGCUGGGCUCCCACCAACAGGGUCGGGGGUGCUUCUCCCCCAGCUGCUGACUGUUCCACUCCCUCCCUUUUUGCAGCCUUUUAAUUUGAACCCACAGAUCUUAUCCCCUCUCCCUCCCACCCCCCACCACAAGUUGCCUUGAAAUCCUAGCCCUAGUCUCUUGGCUUACACACGAGCAUGGUGGGGCCCUACCAGUUCUUGUGUCACUGGGCUCAUGUGGCCAACGGCUACACCUCAAUUCUCGGCUAGCAUCAUGGUCCGAAAUCAGGGGGCCAUUCCCUGCCUUCCCCGUCGGGCCCAUUUGCAUCCCCACCCCCUUGCCCUAAGGAGGCCGUCGGCCCGUGGUGCUCUAGUCCCCAGGUGCCGAUCUGGUUCCGGAUCCCCUGGCACGGGCACAGCUCCGCCUGGUAUUUAUACGCCUGUCUCUGUGCAUGUGUGACUUUUCAAAUGACUGUUGAGUGGAAAACAAAUUAAACAACAGGAAAACUGA